AUGGCCCCUAAAUCAGGAGAAUUUUCGCUGGCCGACGACAAAGAUUCAUUAAAUAAUGAUAACUCAGCAAACGAGUCAGAAGAAAUGUGGUCUUCCAUUCUUCAAGGAGUUGCGUCCUCAAAAAUCGUUCCUACAAAGAGUUUGUUGAUUCUAGGCGACAGAGAUUCCGGCAAAUCCACCCUCAUCAGACACCUUAAAGGUGAAGAAGACGAAGAGGUUUAUGAAGGGCUUAAUGCUAACGGUACUAUGUCAAAAAGCAUUGGUACUGGAACUGAUGACCCUCCUACCAAUGACAAACGUUCGAAUAGUGACUUGGCUUUAAAUACGCUUGCUCGUCUUGGAUUAUAUCAACUUGCUGGCUCCUAUGAAUCCUAUCAACCACUCCUUCGUUUUGCUCUUAACUCUUCUACUCUUCCACAUUCCCUUGUUGUAGUCGUCCUAGAUUGGGCACGCCCCUGGACUUUUAUCGAAACAUUACAAAAAUGGAUUAAAUUUGUAGAAUUAGGUAUCGAAAGUGUAAAAAAGGAAGGAAAUGUUGGAUCUAAAGAUGGUUGGACCAAAGGAAAAGCAGUGGUUGAUGAAUUGAAAGAUUUACACGCCGCUAAUCCAAAUGCAACAGUUAAUAGUGAAGAAGAUGAUGUUGCAUUGCCAUUGGGACCAGGAGUUUUGACUACAAAUCUAGCAGUGCCAUUAGUGGUGGUUUGUACCAAGUCCGAUAAUGUUAGUACUCUUGAGCGUGAGUUAGAUUAUAAAGAAGAGCAAUUCGAUUACAUACAGCAAACUUUACGAACAAUUUGCCUCAAAUAUGGUGCAGGGCUUUUUUAUACAACUACACGUCAACCUCAAACAUUUGUCAACCUUAGAAAAUAUAUCCUUCAUCGACUCCUUGGUUCUAAAGCUUCAUCCAGUGACACUAAAUCUGCAUACGCUUUUAAUAUUAAGGCACACGUUGUUGAGCGCGAUACAGUGUUGGUUCCCACUGGUUGGGAUUCUUGGGGUAAAAUUAAAGUUUUAAGAGACGGAUUUGAUUGUGAGGGAUUGCUUCAAGGCUGGGAAUUGGAUAUGGGGGGUGAUAAACCUGCUGAAGGAGAAGAAAAGGAAAUAAUCAGUGCUAAAAAGUUGUACGAGGACGUAGCUGUCCAUGAGGAUUCCGAUAAAGAUGAACAAGAUUUCUUCAGCCGUCAUUUUGAUACUUUACAAAAGGCUAAUAACGAACGUCAAUCCCCACCCUCAGUUGUCGGACCAAUGGGAGCUCCCAAUUAUUCGUAUGGCGACAUUGGUGCCGAUAUUCCCGAUAUUGAACAUUCUUCACUUAACAACACCGCUUCUUCAAGACCUAAAACAAAUAAUACAGCCAAAGUACCUUCACCACCUUCAGGCAUCAAUAUCACAAAUGGAAAUACGGGUGCUCCUCCUGUAAAUGGACCUGCACCUAAUCAAAAUGAGGUUCUUGCCAACUUCUUCCAAAAUCUGCUUUCGAAGAAGGCUAAUAUAGCACCGGCUACCUCAGGGAAUUCUCAAACAUCACCGAACGAACCAACUGCUAGUCCUGUUCCCAAACAACAAAAUGGAUCGAGUAACGUUAGUCGAACGAUGGUUCAAAAAGAGUUAGAUAAAUUGAGAAAUUUGCCUAACAAUACAACUGCAAGUAUGGCUGGAAAAUAA